AUGAAACUACUUAUACUCCUCCUCUUUGCUGCUACAGCGGCUCAUGCAUGGGAAGAGAUUUUCCAUCCACCAUUUCUGAAGGGUCUCAGACGGACUGCUCGAGACGAGUACUAUAAAAUCCUUUUCAACCAUUCAUUGACAAUGGCUCAGCAGGAGAAGCGGAUCAUUGCCUGGGCAAAGAAACAUCACGUUGAGAGACAAGCACUCGCUUUCUUCACUAAGAAGGCGCAGCACAUGGAAGAAAUGACGCGGAAAUUCACGAUGCUGAUCAAUGAAUUGCCAAAAGCUGUCGCACAUCUGACCAAAAUAAUAGGGAACAAAAAACAGACGUUCCUAGAAAUGAUGAAGACCAUACACGAGUUGAAGGCCAAAAAUCCAGUGGUUUACAGAAUUCUGAAGUUUGCCAUGGAAGAGUUUAUGCAUGAGCAUGGUGCACACGACCAUCCUUUUCGUCUACCUGAUCCACCAUUCCCACCACAUGAUGGUCCUCUACCUUGGCACGGAACCUGGGGUCAGCCUUGGGAGAGGGACUGGAACGGCGGCCAUCCAGGUGGAUGGCCCAAUGGAGGACAAGUUGGUGGAUUCAGUGGAUGGCCAAUGGGAGGAGAAAAUGACGGCCAUUUUCCCGGUGGAUGGCCUAGGAGAGGACAAAACGGUGGACCUUCCGGUGGAUGGCCGAUGGGAGGAGGAGACCAAAGAGGUUCAUUUGGCCCAUGGCAGAAGAGGCGCUUUGGUGGAUUCCAUCCAAAUGGCCCGGAAGAAUUCGGACCAGGUCGAAGUACGAUUCUGAGAAGGCGGUAUCAGUGCGGCAAAGGAUAG